AUGGGAGAUACUCAAAUAUGGGAGAAACUCAAAUAUGGGAGAAACUCAAAUAUGGCAGAAACUCAAAUAUGGGAGAAACGCAAAUACGGGAAAAACGCAAAUACGGGAAAAACGCAAAUAUGGGGAAAACGCAAAUAUGGGGAAAACGCAAAUAUGGGAAAAACGCAAAUAUGGGAAAAAGGCAAAUAUGGGAAAAACGCAAAUAUGGAAAAAACUCAAAUAUGGAAAAAACGCAAAUAUGGAAAAAACGCAAAUAUGGAAAAAACCCAAAAAUUGGAAAAUCAGCAAAUCGCAAAUAUGGGAAAAGAGAAUUUUUGCGGAUGGUUCGUGAGUAAUGGGAAAAAUGCAAAUAUUGGAAAAAAGAUAAAAUGGGAGAAACGCAAAUAUGGUAGAAACGCAAAUAUGGGCAAACGCAAAUACGGGCAAACGCAAAUAUGGGAAAAACGCAAAUAUGGGAAAAACGCAAAUAUGGGAAAAACGCAAAUAUGGGAAAAACGCAAUUUGGGAAAAACGUAA